AUGUCUAAAACCGCUUCUUAUGAUUUUAUUUACAAGAAUGUGCCUAUUUCAACAAAGCAAGAGAGUAUUGUUCGUUUGAUGGAAGUUGCAAGCAGAUCAGAAAGUAACAAACUUGAACUUGAAAUUUAUAUCCGAUUUAGAUUAAAGCGGCCAAUUUCACCUAAAAUUGAAAUAACUACGGACACAAGAAAACAACAGCGUUUGCCAAUGAAACCGUCAGACCAAGGUCAAGUGCAAGCCCAAAGCCAAGACAAAAAUGUUCGUGUUUUCACAGAGGAGGAAAUUCAUGGGACACCAUUAAUUUCAGUUUUUGAGCGUGAAAAGCGAAUUCAUUAGCAGCUAAGCUUGAGAACCACCCCACUUAUAAGUCCUGGUCUGUUCAGGAAAAGCAUGGCAUACUUGACACUGAGUGGACCUUAAAAUUUACAGAAUUACUAAAGCUGGAAGCAGACAAAAAACUUGUUGGCGAAGCUGGCGAUGAGUACGGGCGUAGUAUUGCCAAAAAUAUCGAUAAGCUCCAAAAAUCAGAUUUUGAACGAAUGACAUGCUACAAUAGAAUAGAAAGAUUAAAUAAAGUCACCAUAAAAACUGAUGAAAUCAGAAAAAGUAUUGAAAAUGAGGAAAACCAUUUGCACGAGCUGUUCAGCAAGUUAAAGCUUGCUCAGUCAGACCUAGCCAAAUGCCUCAGCCAACCUGCAUUCUUUAAGGCGGAGACGAAAGAUAUAGCCUGUGAUCUUAUAAAAGGCGACGACAAUUUUGUGGUUGGGGAUCUCAAUCUGGCCCAGGAACAGGUCGAAGAAAUUGCAACGCAAACAAAAGCCGAGAACGAAAUAACAUCCGACAACUAG